AUAAAGCGAUAAAUAUAAGUGAUAUAAAGAUGUAUCAGGUUACGGUCGUUCUUAUAGCUUUCACUUUGCUCAUAUUAUAUUAUUUAUCAACGAGAAAAUUCAACUACUGGAAAAUAAGAGGUAUCCCUUACGAGAGACCUCUGCCACUGUUCGGCAACUAUCUGCAGUACAUCUGUCUGCGGCGGCCCGCCUUCCUCGUAGCGCAGCGGUUGUGCGAGCGCUUCCCCGACGCGCCACUAGUGGGCACCUUUUAUGGCACCCAGCCCGCGCUUCUGCUGCAGGACCCCGAACUCGUCAGAGUCGUCACCACCAAGGACUUCUACUACUUCAACAGCAGGGAGGUCGCCGACUACACUCCCCGGGAGGCGGUCACACAAAGCCUUUUUUUCACCUACGGCGACAGAUGGAAAGUGAUUCGAAAUAAUUUAACUCCUCUUUUCACUUCUGCCAAAAUGAAGAACAUGUUUUAUUUGAUCGAGAAAUGCACGCAUCAAUUGGAGGCUCUGAUAGAGGCGGAGACAUCGGGGUCGGGCGGCGCCGAGCUGGACAUGCGGCAGCUGAUGGCGCGCUUCACCAUGGACUGCAUCGGCUCCUGCGCAUUCGGCAUAGAGACUAACACUUUGAUCAAGAGCGAUGAACCCAAUCCCUACCGGGUGAUGGGCGAUAAGAUUUUAGAGAAUUCAUUCGACCGGGGCUUCCGGCUGCUCUGCCGCGCGAUGUGGCCCGCCGCGUUUUACGGGCUGCGCUUUCGCGUCUUCCCCGAAGAAAUAAUACAUUUCUUCAAGACGAUGCUUUUGAAAGUGUUCGAGGUUCGCGGCUACAGGCCCACGAACAGAAAUGACUUUGUCGAUCUCCUGCUCGACUUGAAACAAAAUAACUAUCUGGUCGGCGAGAGCAUCACCACUUACAAGAACGGGGAAGGGCGGCAGGUGCGGCUCGAGUUCGACGAUGAGACGAUGAGCGCGCAAUGCGUUGUGUUCUUUGCGGCGGGGUACGAGACCUCGGCGACGACGCUGGCCUACACGCUACACAUGCUGGCCCGGCACCCCGCCGCGCAGGACAGGGUCAUCGCGGAGGUGGAGGAGUUCCUGCGGCGGCACGGCGGCCGCAUCCCCUACGAUUGCGUGUACGAGCUGCCGUACACGAUGGCGUGCGUGCAGGAGACGCUGCGCUUGUUCCCCGUGCUGGGCGUCGUGACGCGAGAGCUGGUGGAAGACCACGUGCUGCCUGGCGGUCUGCACCUAAACCGCGGCCUACGCGUGCACAUCCCUGUCUAUCAUUUUCAUCACAAUCCUAAAUAUUUCCCGAAUCCCGAAGAGUUCGACCCGGAGCGGUUCCUCGGCGAACGAAAGAAAACGAUAAAGCCGUACACCUACAUGCCCUUCGGUGAGGGACCAAGAUUAUGUAUAGGGAUGAGGUUCGCAUGGAUGCAGAUGCUGGCGGGGCUGGCGGCGGUAUUUCGGCGGCACAGCGUGGCGACAGCGCACGAUAGUCGCGACGUUAAGCACUUCCACUACGACCCAACUUCCAUAAACAUCAUACCCACGCAUUCCAUCAACCUUAAGUUAGUGCGCCGCGACGACCAAACAUCACCAGGACCUCAUCCUAACGCCCCUCGCUAAUGAACGUCGCACCGAGGACAGGCAACUUUUUAGAUUUAAAUUGACUAUCUGACAGUGUGAACGGGUACCAUACUUUCUUGAUUCCUUUCGUAAAUAUCACUAAAAGAAGAACAAUAACACAAGAUUGUUUGUAUUCAAGACGCCAGAGAAGGUGUGGACAUAUACAAUCUAUCUAAACAAAACAAAAAUAGUAUUUUUCCGGUUGUAACUUCUUGAUUGCACGAUGAGUUUUGACAUGGCUGUUUAUUUUAUAAUAGAACUAGCGGUUGCCCGCGACUACGUCAGCGGACAAAAAAGUAGCCAUAACAUGACCGCAUGCAUCAGUUACCUUCCCGUUAAAAUCGGCCGAUCCAUUUCAGAAAUUCCAGGAACAAACGCGGACUUGCAUGUCUGCAAGUACGUGUUUGAACGGAAACACAGACAAGAGAUAAAAAAAUUGUUUUUCGUUAUCAGCAAAGCAAACACAUGCGUACGAAUAAUGUUUUUUGUCCGAUAUUCCACACAGAUACUACAAUUUUAUUAUGUUUUGAUCAGAUAUGUGUUCAUGUAGAAGCCUUAUUACAUUGUUUUGUAGAUGAGUGAAUUCUGCUAUUAAAAAUUAUUUUCUUGAGAAAAAGGCGAUGCGUAAUCACUUCUCAAGUACUUAACCAAAAGUUUUACACGUUUACGCGAACUUUCGAAUUAUUGACCUUUGGAGAAACCUUUGAAGAACAAUCGACGCAAAGUCCAACAACAAUACGCACGAUUUCAUUUGAUACUUAAAUUGUUUCAGAACUGUGUUUUAAUUUUAACUGCUUGUUUGAUUUAUUAUAAGUUAACGAAUAUGUUACCCCGGUGAAAAAUCGAAUAUAGGAAGUUGUGAGUUGCAACUUCUAGCCACUGAGCCACAGGGACUGUUACAUAUAGUACCUACAUCUGCGUUGCGCCCGUCUACUGGCGGUCACAAUAGUACUGCGUGACUGCGUCACUGCGUCACUACGCGAUGCGCCUGUCCGCUGUCCUGAGAAAUGUUUACACAUUAUUUAUCAUAAUGUUACAUAAUACAAUAAACCGUCUUACAUA